AUGUCACCACUAAGUAAUUACCAUUUACAAAUUAUUUCAAUGUACUUUAACACAAUUUCAGACUUUGUGUCUCUUCAAAUGGUUUGUAAAAAAUAUAAAACGAUAAUGGAAUGUUUCCAUACAAAUCCUAUUCCCUUGACGAGUACUACAAUUCGCUUUUUUCCAAAUGUUGAAACUUUGAAUUUAUGGUUUCGCACCGACGAAAAUUUCGGGAAUAGUUUUGUCGAUUCGUAUUGUGAUGUUGCAAUAAACAAAUUCAUUAAUUUUGAAGAUCUUUUUGCUUCUGAAGAAUAUUUUUCAGAUCCAAAACCUCAAAAUAAAUUGAUUAAAAAAAAGAAAUUUUACAAAAUUAACAUUUACUAUGAAGUCGAUUAUAACACUUUUUUACGAUACAAAAAAUCUCAUUUUGUGUUUAAAAGUGUGUUAUACACAUCAACUGAUUGUCAAAAAUACGGAGAAGAAAUACCAGAAAAUGUUUCUAUUAUUCAAGAGCAUUGUUUUAGUAACAACGAAAAAAUUACUUAUUGUGAAGUUCCAAGGCAUGUUUUAAACAUCAGAAAUAGAGCAUUUUUUAUAUGUUAUUAUCUUACAAAAGUUGUCCUAAAUUAUGGUCUUUGUUCAAUUGGGGAUGAUUGCUUUUCAGCAUGCUAUAAUUUAGAAGAAAUAGAAAUUCCAGAGAGCGUGACUUAUAUUGGAAAUACUUGUUUUAAAUCUGAUUAUUCCUUGAAGAAAAUGAAUAUACCCAAAAGUAUCACCAAAAUUGGAAAUAGCAUGUUUAAAUAUUGUCGUAAUUUAAGUUCUAUAACCAUGAAAAAUGUUAUUGAAAUUGGAAAUUAUUGCUUUGAAGAUUGCACCGAAUUGUCUGAAAUUGUAGUCGAUAAUUUGAAAGUGGUUGGAAUUAAUUGCUUUGAAAAUUGUGAAAAGUUGGAUAUUACCAAAUUAAUUAAUUCAAAAAUUGAAUAA